AUGGAUAAAAUACCUGCUGAUUGCCCUUAUCCUGGAUGUUUCUUCUGUGUUAUGAAGGAAGCAAACCCUAGCAAAAGAAGAGCAAGUGUGCUGAAAUUCUUUAGAGAACUUCCUUCCCAAGAUGAUGAUGGCCAAGUUCUCCCUAUUAGUGGCCUUUGGAACACUGCCAUGGCACACCCAAAUGACCCUGAAUUCAUCAACUUGGGAAUAUUUGAGUGCAUGGCAGCUCUAAUAUGGAAGGGCCUGAAAAACAGGCGUUGGCUUUCACAUGAUCAGAAUAUUUACAUCCCAUAUUAUGCAGCACAUGUUAUUGGAUCCUAUACGAUGAAUAUGGAGGAGUUUGCAGAACGCGCUGUUCGUGCCGGAGUAAUACCUCCAUUAGUUGAACUCUUAAGAGGUAGGCUCACCUGGGUGGAGCAAAGAGUUGCUGUCAGAGCUUUGGGGCAUUUGGCUACAUACCCUAGUACAUUCCCUGCUGUUGCUGAUCAUGGAGAAGUGCUUGAACUUGCAAUUCAACUUGCCUCAAGCUCUCUAGAAAUUGUGUACUCUCAUUUUUACCAAUUCGUAGAUCGAAGACUUGGCUACCACUGUGAUCUUCUUACACGUGGUAUGGGUGGUGCUGAAAUGGAAUCUCGUAAAGCUGAGGAAUGGGCUAGCCAACUGCAGUGCUGGUCUUUGCAGCUCAUAAACUGCUUUGCAUUUAAGCCUGAGUUUCUUCAUGAUAUCUGCAAGCCUGAGUUUCUAGCUAAGUUACCUGGUAUGUGGGGUGGACUUGUGAAUGAGAACUCACCUGCUGGUGUUGGUUUACUAAGAACAAUCUGCCAGAGCAAGCUUGGCCGAGGUCAUGUUGCUAAUAUUUCUGGUGUCAUCGAAGCUUUAUGCAACAUUGCUCGCUCUUCAGAUGACUGGCAAUACAUGGCCAUUGAUUGUUUACUCUGGUUAGUGCAGGAUCCUAGCACAUAUCAUAAGGUUAUAGAUAAAAUUGCCCCGACACUGAUAGAUUUAGCGGAUAUUUCCACACUCGGUGAUUACAAAAGGCUGGGUGACACUAUUGUCACAGUCCUCCAAGAGUGUAUGCAACAAAAUGGGAAUUCACGGAAUUCAAUUAGUAGUCACACCAAAGAAGAAAUUGAUGAACUCUUGAGCUUCAAGCAGAAGCUGAAAUCGGAAAAGAAUAUGCCAAAGGAGGAUCUUCAUAUAAAACAAGCUGCAGCAUUGGUUGUAAAAUUGGAAGGAAAUUCCCUGUUCUCCUCAGGAAAUAUUGAAGGAGCUGCAGCGAAGUACUCUGAAGCACUCGCAUUGUGUCCAAUGAAGUCCAAGAAAGAAAGAGUGGUGCUUCAUAGCAACCGAGCUCAGUGUUAUCUUCUCCUGCAGCAACCUUUGGCUGCCAUCAGUGAUGCUACCCGUGCAUUGUGCCUUCAUAGUCCGUUGAAUCGACACGCCAAAAGUUUGUGGAGAAGAGCCCAAGCAUAUGAUAUGCUUGGUUUAGCAAAAGAGAGCCUGCUGGAUGCAAUUCUGUUUAUAAAUGAAUGCUCUCAGUCCAGUGAUCCUGACCUAUCCUUGAGGCAAAACAAGGUUCCUGAUUACGCUGAGCGAUUGGUGAAGAAGCAGAUGCGUGCUGCUUGGUUAUUCAGGGAAUCAUCCCUAAAACAUGGUGGAAUCCAUUGUGAGGGAGAUGCUAGUGAUGCAUUUGGUCAAGAGGCUGAUGACUCUGAGUGGGAGACAGUGAGUGAAAGCGAUGGUGAGGAUGAUGAAAGGAGAGAAGCAGAUGAUGAAACUGAAUGGAAGAGUGGUGGUCACAGGAAAGAUGCAUACGAAAAAAGCUGA